CCUCGUCCCCCCCGGUCUGCACUGGCCCCCCUAGACCUUUCCCUCUCACUCCUCACCCCCCAACGCCAUCCAUGCCCCCAUGACCCUCUAUGACCACUCCGGACGCCUAUCGAGAUGCGGAAUACAUCGCUGACGUGUCCGGCAUCAUCGACCCUCAUGGCGGCGCCAGCGCCAACUCCACCAGCCGCAGCGAGCGUCUGAGGAAGGUGCAGACGGCCGCGAAAGUCGCGUUCAUUGACCGACUGCUCCGCGACCUAGACAUCCUUAUUUACUGUGAGCUUUCAGCGUUGUAUUAUAUGGACUGCUCGAUAAUCCUCUUUGCCCUCCGCGCAAUAAUUCAACUUAUCUUCUUCACACCCAAAGCACCCCCCUUCGACCCUACGAGAAACCAACCCUUCGUCGGCGCUAUACUGGGUAGUAACCUCUUCUGCAUCAUCUUUCAUAAAUUCUUCACUAGACCCGAAGCUAGCGAAUCGACGCGCGGAUACCUGCAUGGCGGGAUCUUGAUUGACUUUAUUGGACAGAAGGCGCCCAUUCCGUUCGCUAGACUUCUUUUCCUGGAUUGUCUCAUUUUGUUUCUGGAUCUGGUCAUGUUGGGGUUGAUCGUUGAGCGGGUAAAGACGGUGGAGGUUACUGCGAGUGCGCCGGUUGAGACCACGCCUGAGGGGGAGGAAGAGCGACAGGACCACGAUCUGGAGGAGAGGGGGGUGCGAGGGAGUGGGCCUUCCACGAGAUGCUCGUCGCGAACAUUGGAGGGUGAUGAAGAUGUGGAGACAAUUGAACUGGGCGAGAUGGAGAGAACGCAGUUGCUGGCUGAUCCGGACGAGGGAGGGAGGAAUGCACAACACGCCCAUCCUAUGGAUACGUUCGUGUCGGGCCAAUCAACGAUCAUGAAUGUGGGAUUGGUUGACCUUGUCCGUGAUCAGUGGCGAUACAGCCCUGCGACAGCGCGGCGGACGACACCGUAUGUGCCUUCUGACCAGACCGCGGCCUUUUUGAGAGAACGGUUCGGCAUCCGAGUUGGCGCGGAUGGGCGCAUGGAGCGGAUUGGGACGGAUGCGUGAUAUAGUGUAAUGUAAUGAGUUAGAUGAGUUGACAUUUGUACAUAUGCCAAUGCUUAUACGAUGGAUACAUGAACAACCAUCUACUGAUCGAUUU